ACGCCAUCGGAACUUCCGACGGAUACAGCGAGCGAGCGACAAACAUGGCGUUAACCAGCAGGUUUUACAAUUUGUUCUUUAAGAGGACCUCUGUAUUCACCCUCUCUAUUGUAGUGGGGACGGUACUUUUCGAGCGUGUCUUCGACCAGGCGGCAGAUGGGCUCUUUGAACAGAUGAACCGUGGGAAGUUAUGGAAGCACAUCAAGCACAAUUAUGAAAAUCCACAGGAAUAAGGAAAGCAAGAGAAGGCUGUGCAGAUCCAGAUUCUGUGGAACUUGGGACAGAGUUGGAGUGCAAAGUAUUGACGAUGUCUUUUAGCGCCAACACACCCAGAACUGUACGCACCUUGGGACUAAUGUUCAAUAGAGGUUCCUAGACAUUUGUUUCUCCUCUACAAUUUCCAGUCAUUUUUUGUGUCAGUUGUGCUAUUCCAUUAUUUGAGAAAUGAAUAAAUCAACCUAAAUAGCCCAAACUUGA